AUGUUGCGGAUGAUGUCAUCGGUGACCAAGAUGACUAACGGGCGCUUAAUGUGUGUUGAGCUUAAGGGCCGCACUUUUUUGGAGAUAAAUGAAGAUCUUAUCCACACUACACAUAUCUUCAGGCCCGAAAUCUUGUCUUUGGCCGUUUGUGCGUGGUGUUUUGCUAGCCCGAUUAAUAGGGACAAAAUGGCAAAUUAUAUUGAUGGGGAAGUUGUGAAGAAUAGAUAUGGCUGCAUUAACACUAAUGCUGGCCGGGAAAACGAGAGGGCCCCACUGUGGGUUUUCCGGUGGUGGUAUGCCGAAAUCCUAUUCCCAUUCUCGUCAUACAAUAUUGUCUCUUCGUCCUCCUCUUCCGGCACCCGGCACUUCUCCCCCAAUAUUAUCGUCUUCUUCCAUAUCGAGUCCUCGUGCUUCAGCUUCUUCUUCACCUUCAUGCUCACGCUUGACACGAGCUUCGAAGCCCCCGAGUUCGACCGCCGGUGCUGCUCGCCCGCCCUCAUGUGCCGCCCGGCCGGCGGCGGGUUUUCCGGCGCGUCGCUGGAAUUCCGGGCGGCUGAUGGGGUUUUUUCUUCCUUAUUGGCGGUGGUGGGGUCCGGCGAGGGCGACUUUUUGUGGAACAUGCCACAGAGGAAUGAAGCUGUAGCAAAAGAAAUUGUUUGGGGAUUAGAGGGAAAAAAAUAA